AUGGCUACUGCUCAGGCCUGGCAUGUUGGGCAGAAACAUAAAGCCUUGAAGGGAACAGCUCUGUUUUCCAGCACAGUCACCUCUGAGCAACAGUCUUUGGUUCUGGUGAAAAGGCUGCUGGCGAUUUCCGUCUCCUGUAUCACUUACCUCCGAGGCCUCUUCCCAGAAAGCUCUUAUGGAACCCGCUGUUUAGAUGACAUGUGUAUAAAAAUCCUUCAAGAAGAUAAAAGAUGCCAGGGUCCACUACAGAUAGUCAAGUGGAUUCAGGGAUGCUAUGAUGCCUUGGAAAAGAACUAUCUACGUAUGGCUGUCUUGGCAAUCUAUUCCGAUCCCAAAGAUCCUGAGUGCAUGACAGAAUUCUACCGGUUCAAGUUCAAGUAUUCAAAGAAUGGACCUGAGAUGGACUUUGCUAGCGCUCAAGUGAGCUUUGCAAGUGGAGCAAAGAAUAAGGAAAUAAAGGAAGCCAGCAUCCUGCUGAUCCGCAAACUGUAUGUCUUAAUGCAGAAUCUUAGUCCACUGCCUAAUGACAUCACAUUGACUAUGAAGCUGUUCUACUACAAUGAUGUCACGCCCAAUGAUUACCAGCCCCCUGGCUUUAAGGAAGGCAACAACUCAGAUUGCCUGCUUUUUGAUGGAGACCCCGUGAACUUAAAAGUAGGGUCAGUCUCCACUGGGUUCCAUGUGCUGAAAGUAAGAGUAACAACAGAGAGCAAAAGGAUGGGGAUGCUGGAAAGCAGUCUGGUUGAGGAGAAUGGUCCCACGGAGAUCUCCCAUCAAGGGCUAGACUGUGAUGAUGAGGAAGAAGAGGAGGGCAGCACUGAAGUACAGGAACAGGCCGCCGACCGCUCCUCGCCCUCCUCCUUCCCACGGCGGGUUUAG